GCGUGGAGCCGAGUGGAGCGGAGCGGAGGGGAUCGAUCCAGUCCCGACCCAGUCCAGUGCGGGUGGUCCAUUUGGUUCCUCUCGCUCUCUGCUAUCCCCCCUUCUGGGCUUGCUCACACCGUUCCACUCAACACCAUCUGCUGUCCGGCGAGCACCCGUCUCCUUCCUGCCCUGCAAGGAUCUUCCACUGAGAGGUGCUGACUGGACUGCCGCAGGCUGGAGAGGUGCGACCUAUUACGGGCUCCAUUUGGUUCCUUCACUUGCUGGCAAGGGAGUUCUAGCUUGCUUGGAUGGUUUGUUCCAGAUUGCUUCCUUGGUGUGUGCUACCGAGCCCGAAUCAUUCUUUCUGAAAUUUUUUGACUAAGACAAAUGGUCAAACGCAACUACAAAAGUCAAUGGUGCCGAAUUAAAAAAACGGAGGUAGUAAUAUUAUUUGUGGGAUCCACAUAUCUGUAUUUUCCCUGUGCUACUGAUGAUGUGGUAGGGGAAUAUUUUCAGUUUAUGAAUUAUUUUCCAAUUCCAAAUUUGCAGAGCCUAAUGCAUCAAGGGUUGUAGCUGUACAUCUACUUUCAAACAGUAUUUGAUGUAGAGCAUGUGUCAGUGGAUACUCAUUUCCAAGAAAGAUCAUUUCAUGUGAGGUCUUCUGUGGUGUAUUGUGCAAAGACUAUGAUGGAGUGCAAUAGAGAAGAGGCCUUUAGGGCCAGGGAAGUUGCUGUAAGAAUGAUGGAAAACAAAGACUUCAAUGGUGCCCAAAGGAUUGUACUUAAAGCUCAAAAGCUUUUCCCAGAGCUUGAUAACAUAUCCCAGCUGUUAAAUAUAUGCCAUGUGCAUUGUGCAGCAGAGGCAAGAGUAAAUGGAGAUACAGAUUGGUAUGGAAUCCUUCAAGUGGAGGCAACAGCGGAUGAUGCUACCAUAAGAAAGCAAUACCGCAAGCUUGCCUUUUCACUUCAUCCUGACAAAAAUAGUUUUGUUGGUUCGGAAGCUGCUUUCAAGUUGGUUGCUGAAGCUCAUUCACUAUUGUGUGACCCAACAAAACGGCGUCUUUAUGACAUCAAAAGGAAUAAUAUUCCCAGAAGAGCUCCAAAGCAAGCUAGAAAUCCAGCAAAGAAAACUGAGGCAAAUAAAUACAGUGCACCUGUAUAUGGACAGGCAUUUUGGACGAUAUGUCCACAUUGCCACAUGCAAUAUCAAUACUACAACAAUGCCAUAAAUACUACUGUCUGUUGUCUGAACUGCAAAAGGAAUUUUUUUGCGUACAACCUGAAGGAACAGCCUGUGCCUACACCAACUGUGCCCUAUAGUUCUCAAUUUCCAGGAAAUAUGUUUCCAAAUCAACAGCGUGACCCUGUCAGUCAACAGGGUCACCCUGUGAAGCUUUCUUGCACAGGGGGAAACACAGAUGUGAAGCCAGGGACAAAUAGCAGGGCAGGCAGUGAUACGAGAACUAUUCAGUCAGAGAUGACAAAGGGGAAAGUUCAAUUUCCAGCAAAGAAUCAAGAUAAAUAUUCUGCACAAACAGCAAAUGGGAAUAUGGGUGGAUGCUCAAUACCAGACUCUGCUGGCCCAGACACUGUUGAUAGGCAGAAGUCAGGUACAGAAGGUGCAUCUGUUGCACCUAAUGCUAGGAAUGUGCCUUGUAGUUUGAAGCUUUCUUCUACAGCUGGAAGCACAGAUGUGAAACGUAAUGUGGCACAGUGGAAUGGAAACGCAAAAGAGGAUAGCAGCACAAGUGUUGAGAAGAAAGCUAACCAGUCAAUGGUGAAUCAAAGAAAAUCUUCUGCCCAAAUUGCAAAUGAGAAUGCCAGUGGAAGAUUGAUGCCAGACCCUGCUGAUCUAAAUGCUUUUGAUGGAAAGAACUUUGGUACAGAAGAUGCAUCUACAGUGCCCAAUUCUGCAGUACCCUCUAGUCUCUGGAGAUCAGCUAGGAGAAAGCAAGAUGCUGGUGACAACUGCAGCCUGAACUCCAAUGUCAAAAAGAGGCAAAAGAAGAAUACUGUGCUAUCUAAUGUUGACAUGAACUGCCAGCAAAUAUUCAACGAUUGUGCCACUAGUGGUGACAAACAAUCUGCUCCACCUCACGUGUCGAGCACAGUAGAGAUUCAAGAUAAAUCAAAAGUUACAGAUGCAAAUGGUAAGGACAGCCCCAAGGCAGAACCUAUUGAUACUGUUGGUAAGAAUGAACCUUCUUAUUCUGUAAAACUUUCGUUCCCUGAUCCAGAUUUCUAUGAUUUUGAGAAGCUCAGGGAUAUCAACAUGUUCGCAGUUGGUCAGAUAUGGGCCCUUUAUGACAACCUUGAUGGCAUGCCAAGAUUUUAUGCUCGAAUUAAACAUUUUGAUGCAUCCAAUUUCAAAGCUCAUCUCACUUGGUUGGAAUACAAAGCAGUGAGUGAAGAAGAGAAGAAAUGGACUGAUGAAGAACUACCUGUUGCUUGUGGCAAGUUUUGCUUAGGAACAACAGAGGUAUCACAUGACAGACUCAUGUUCUCUCACAUUGUUUCAUGGACUAAAGGCAAAAGGAGGAAUACCUAUGAAGUAUAUCCUACUAAGGGUGAGGUAUGGGCUCUUUACAAGUAUUGGAGCAUGCAGUGGAAUUCAGAUGCAGACAGCCAUCGAUCUUAUGUGUACGAGGUUGUCAAAAUCUUGUCAAAUUUCUCGGUUAAUGAUGGCAUCGCUGUUGUCCCAUUGGUCAGGAUUAAAGGCUUUGUCAGUUUAUUUGCGACAGCUAAAGACAAACCCACAAUGGUGGUAGCAUCAAGCGAAUUGCUUCGAUUUUCUCACAGUAUCCCCUGUUACAGGACAAAUGGAAACGAGAAAGUAGGUGCCCCAGCAGGAUUUAUGGAACUUGACACUGCUUGUCUCCCCAAUGAUAUGGAUAUAAUAUUUCCUUCUGUUCCAAUGGAAUCAUAUAUCUCUCUUGGCAAGAAAGAGGCCAGUACAAACAUUGAUCUGACCAAUGACAGUACAAGCAGUAGAAUGGAUCCUGGAAAUGAGAAAAAGGAGAAUAUCUCUGAAGCACAUAUUUCCCACCUGGUGACUACAGAAAAUCAUGAAAGUCUUUCUCCUGAGAAGGACACAUCCUUGUCGAAAAAUUACCACAGUGCCUAUGGUUUUGGCAAUUCUUCCGAGCCAAGCUGUCCCUCCCCAAGUAUAUAUUCAUAUCCUGACUCGGAAUUCCAUAACUUUGAAGAAGGCCGCAGAUGUGAGAAGUUUGAACCUGGACAAAUUUGGGCUUUAUACAGUGAUACUGAUAAAUUCCCCAAGUUCUAUGGUUGGAUAAGCAAAGUUGAGCUAGAGCCAUUCAGAGUGCAUUUGAUCUGGCUUGAGGUUUGUCCUGAACAGGAGCAGGAGAAACAGUGGUUGGAGCAGGAUAUACCAGUCUCCUGUGGUAAAUUUAAAAUUCGGAACUGGAAAACAAAGUAUGACACUGUUGAUACUUUCUCUCAUUUAGUACACACGGGACAGCUGGGCACAAAGUGGCAGAUUGAAAUUCUUCCGCGAGUAGGUGAAAUUUGGUCCAUCUACAUGAACUGGACAUCUGACUGUGACUGGACUCCUUCCACCGUAGAUACCUGCGAGUUCGCCAUUGGAGAGAUUGUUGAGCGCACGGAAGCAAGUAUAAAAUUUUCUUUCCUGACCCAAAUUAAUGGCUACAGAGCGGUGUUUAAGCCUGACAAGCGAAAGGCACUUUUGGAGAUAUCUACAAGAGAUCGCUUGAGGUUUUCUCACCGAAUUCCCUCCUUCCUUUUGACAGAACAAAGAGGUGGCAAGCUCCGUGGCUUCUAUGAGCUUGAUCCAGCCUCUGUUCCUGACGUUUUCCUGUAUAGGAACACCCCAUGACUUAUCAAUGUCAAAGCAGACUCUUGAAAUAGUAGAGCUGAAAAUGGUCUUAAUUAUAAUAUAUCUUAUGUAUGCUGCUAUCCAUUUUCUGUGUACAUGUAUGCCUGAUCUGUAGUCUAUUCAGACCCUCUAAAUUCUGAGCCCUCUGUUGGCAAUUGUCGUGUUUCGCCCCCAGGGAUAAGUAACAUUACUCUAUUUCAGGGGCCCCUUCAGCCCUGUUACUGGUUUCCCAGCAAUGAAGCAAUCCUGUGGAAGGGGUUCCAGUCAGUAUCUCUCUUUCAGAAGUUUUAUGCGCUCAACGUUUUUGCACGUGGCU